GGUUCGAGUAACUGCCGACAUCGCUUCCUCCUCCUUCUCUUCCUCUCCAUCUCUCCGUCUUCCCCAUCUCUCCCUCCUCACCACCCACCCCUCCAAACGCGUCUCCCGCCUUCCCCUUGGGGUUGACUCUCACACGAAUUUUUGUCCGUCGGGUUUCUGGUUUGUCGUAUAUAGCAUGAUCUCGGCUACCAGGAUGUCAGCCACCGCGCGGGCGGCCACCUUACGGUCUCAGGUGCCGGGCCUGAAGACGACUCACUCCAGCGCUGCCGUCUCCCAGCGCUCUUUGAUUCAGGCCUGCUCGUACGCGACAUCGCCCGCGGCUCGGGCCACCCUCCCUUUGAACACCCAGCGCGCGAACCGCCCCGUCUCCCAACUCCUCUCCCCGUACGCUGCUCUCCCGCUGACCAGGUCCUUCCACGUCGCCACCCCCCGCUGGCAACAACAGAAGGGAAAGCAGUCCGAGGAAUCUAGCGAGCAGAAGAAUGAAGAGAAGAGUGAGGAAGAAAAGCCCAAGGACGAGGACAAGAAGGAUGCGCCUCCGCCACCCCACGGUGACAAGUCUCCCUGGCAAGUGUUCAGAGACACCCUUCAGACGGAAUUCAAGGCUUCCAAGGAGUGGAACGAGUCGACCAAGGCUCUCGCUUCAUCCGCACAUGAGUUCUCUGAGAACGAGAACAUCAAGCGGGCCCGUGCCGCCUAUGAAGCGGCCUCUGGAGCCGCAACCUCCAAGACCACCACCGCGUUGAAGUCGACCGGUCAGGCUAUCGGCAAGGGAGCCGCAUGGACAUGGAACACGCCCGUCGUGAAGGGUGUGAGGAAGGGUGUCAAAGCUACUGGCAGCGGUAUUGAGAAGGCCACGAGACCCGUGAGAGAGACCGAGGCUUACAAGACCACCGUCAGCGGCGUGAAGAACGCCAUCGAUGAUGGCAGCAGCUCCCGCUACGGUGGUUGGAUUGAAAAGGAGGAGCGCCGCAAGCAGAGGAAGCUGCGUGAAGAACAGGAGGCCAAGUCCGGUCGCCGCCUGGAGCCGAUGGUUGAAGAUCCUACCGCCGGAACCAACGUCACGCUUCACAAGGACUCUGCCUGGAAGGAGUCGUGGCGCGAUUUCAAGGACUCGAACCCUAUGAUGCAGAAGCUCUUCACAUUGAAGGAGUCCUACAACGAGUCGGAGAAUCCUCUGGUCAGCACUGCGCGCAGCAUCUCGGACCGUGUUGCCGGGUUCUUCGCUGAGAACGAGACGGCUAUGGUCGUCAAGAAGUUCCGGGAAAUGGACCCCAACUUCCAGAUGGAGUCGUUCCUCCGGGAAAUGCGUGAAUACAUCCUGCCUGAGGUGCUUGACGCCUAUGUCAAGGGCGAUGUUGAGACCCUGAAGCUGUGGCUCUCCGACGCACAGUUCCACGUCUACGCUGCUCUUGCGCAGCAGUACACCACCGCUGGCCUCAAGUCCGACGGCCGUAUCCUUGAUAUCCGUGGCGUGGACGUCUCCCACGCCCGCAUGUUGGAUCCCGGUGAGAUCCCCGUGUUCGUGGUGACUUGCCGGUCCCAGGAAGUCCACGUCUACAAGAACGUGAAGACCGGCGAGCUGGCCGCGGGCAUGGAGGACAAGGUCCAGCUGGUCACCUACGCCAUCGGUCUGACGCGGAUACCCGAGGAUGUCAACAACCCGGAGACCCGCGGAUGGAGACUGAUCGAGCUGCAGAAGGCUGCUCGGGACUACAUCUAAACCCCACCACAUCAGACACCCUUCCUCCCUCGAUUCUCCUUCUUACCUUUGACGCCCGACGAUCAUCCCAUCUCUGCCUGAUUUUUGGCCUAUGACGCCUCUAUUCUCUUCUCGAUUGUUUUGAUAUCAUCCGACUGUACAAUAUUGAUUAUUUAAAUAGAGACCAGGCGGAACUGGCGCUUCGUGGAAUGUCUGUGAUAGUAACCUGAUUAAUCUCGCCGGAUGAUCUCCCUUUCCGCGGGACUCACCCACCGCGUUGCGGUUCUGUUUGGCCCAAGUGCAUCUGAGCAUGGGUUGUCCAUCUUUCUGUACUUCCUUGGGCGUUCCGGGAGUCUUGUUAUCUGAUUUGCAAUGUCCCCCUCCACUCCUCUGAUGAUGAAAGUCUUGCAUCUGGCUCCGU